AUGAACCGCGCAAUGAUGAACCUUCCGGUAUUACCAACCAGUGGUAUGCCCACCGAGUUUCCCUGCUUGCUGCACCGCUGCCUCACGGAGAUUGAAGAGCUGGUCAAGCGAGACAGUGACAUGCUGCGGUUGAAAAGCGUCGUUUGCUGGCAACGUAACGGUGCAAGCUUCAGGGUGAUCGACAAGAAGAGGUUUGAACGUCUCAUCAUGCCCGUAUGGUUUCCGCGCAUCAAGUUUGCGAGCUUCUUCCGCCUCGUGAGCAUGUAUGGCUUUGUCAAGAUAUCUUCGGAUGGAGAAUUCUAUCACAAGGACUUUGUCAUGGGCAUGCCAGAUCUGGCUCAAAAGAUCAAGAAGGUGGGGAAAGGCACGAACGCUCGCAAAGUCAACACGGCACGAAUCCUUUCCCAUCUUCGUCGAGCGGAGAAAGCAAUGGAGGCCGGGAUGAGCGGCCCGGCUGACAAGAGACCAACUAAUGCGUUCUUGUCGAGGUGCAUGGAGGGCAGCAAGCGGGGCCUCGGUAGCGUUCCAGCUGCUGACACUCGCGGUUCUCCCGCCGUUGGAUUGGACUACCUUCGUAGUGCUGGUUUGCCAGCCUUGCAGACAUCGCAGCAGGGAAUGCAAUACCCAAUACAGCCCGCUGGGACGAUGCAGACAAGCAACGGGAUUGCCGGUGCCGUCGUGUCGUCAUCGAAGAUGGCCACACGCGCUCCUUCAUCCUCACAGAGUCUUUGGAACAUGGUGAAUCCACGUCAGUGGAGGCAAGAUGAAGCUAGCAACAGCUUUUCGCCCACCUUCGACUCCUUGCAAGAAGCGGACGGACUCUGGCCCGACCCGAUCCGGGAGGAUCAUUGUCAUCAGGGUAACAACGACGAAGCAGGAGGACACUGCGGAUCUUCUGUCUUCUCCAAUGGGUCUUCUCAUUCAAACGACGGGGCGGGGGCCGAAAGCGACGACGACGAUGAGCUUCCACAUCUCGACAUUGGUCGGCAGGACGAGGAACUGGGAUUCUCCGUGUCGGGUCUAUGGAACGAUCUUUGCCUUGGCCAAGACUUCGAUGCCUCUUUUCAAUUGGACGACAUCUUCUAA